CCCGCCAUGGGGCCCGGCCGCGCCGAUUACCUGGCGCCCUGGUGGGCGGCCUGGCUGCACGGGCUCCCGCACCGCGGCCCGCGCCUGCAGCCCGUGCCCAGCGCCUUCCGCCCGCAGGACCCCGACUACCAGCAGUCGCUGCUUUUCCUGGGCUUGGUGGCCGCCGUGUGCCUCGGCCUCAACCUCCUCUUCCUCACCGUGUACCUGAUCUGCCUGUGCUGCUGCAAGAGGGACCAGGACCCCGAGACCAAGCGGCCCCACUCGUGUUGUGUCACCUGGAUGGCCGUCACCGCCGGGCUCAUCUGCUGUGCGGCUGUUGGCAUCGGCUUCUAUGGGAACAGCGAGACCAAUGACGGGGUUUUCCAGCUGCUCUAUGCCCUGGACCAUGCCAACCAGACCCUGACUGGCAUCGACUCCCUGGUAGGGCCAUGGCCCCCAGGGUGCCUCAGCGCCCUGUUCUGGGUUUGGGAAGCNNNNGGGGAUUACCUGCAGACCCUCAAGUUUACCCAGCAGCUGGCUGGCAGCAUUGUCCUGCAGCUCCAGGGGCUGCCGGCCUGGCGGGGUGUCAGCGCUGACCUCACCGAGCUGUCGGGACAGGUGGCCUAUGUCGAGUAUUACCGGUGGUUGGCUUACCUGCUCUUCUUCAUCCUCGUCCUCACCGUCUGCCUGCUGGCCUGCCUGGGGCUGGCCAAGCACUCCCGCUGCCUCCUGCUCAUGAUGCUGUGCUCUGGGCUGCUCAUGCUGGUCCUCAGCUGGGCCUCCAUGGCCGUGGACACGGCGGCCGCGGUGGGCACCAGCGACUUCUGCGUGGCCCCGGACAAGUUCAUCAUGAACCAGACGGAUGAUGAGAUCAGCGCAGAGGUGGUUCAUUAUUACCUGUACUGUGACCAGAGCCUGAGCAGCCCCUUCCAGCAGGCUCUCACCAUGUUCCAGCGCUCGCUGACCACCAUGCAGAUCCAGAUCCAGGGACUCAUCCAGUAUGCACUGCCCCUCUUCCCUACAGCUGAGAAAGACCUGCUGGGUGUCCAGAAGCUCCUCAACUCCUCGGAGACCAGCCUGCACCAGCUGACAGCCCUGCUGGACUGCCGGGGGCUGCACAAGGAUUACCUGGAUGGCCUCAUUGGGAUCUGCUACGACGGCGUGGAGGGGCUGCUCUACCUGGGGCUCUUCUCCCUGCUGGCGGCCGCCGCCUUCUCCACCGUGAUCUGCGCGGCCCCGCGCGCCUGGCAGCAGCUGGCCGGGCGGGAGCGGGACUACGAUGACAUGGACGAGGAGGACCCGUUCAACCCCCAGGCGCGGCGCAUCGCGGCGCACCGCCCGCCCCGGGGGCAGCUGCGCAGCUUCUGCAGCUACAGCAGCAGCCUGGGCAGCCAGAGCAGCCUGCAGCCCCCGGCGCAGACCGUGUCCAACGCCCCCGUCUCCGAGUACAUGAACCAGGCCGUGCUCUUCGGAGGGAACCCCCGCUACGAGAACGUGCCCCUCAUCGGCAGGGGCUCUCCUCCCCCCACGUACUCCCCGAGCAUGAGGGCCACGUACCUGGCGGUCACCGAUGAGCACGUGCGGCACCGUGGCGACUUCCCGGCCUAGGAGGACAUCCCGCCGGGAAACCAAAGAGCCUGGAGGGAGAGCACGGGGUAGGAGACACGGCAGGGCUGGAGGAUGAGCCUGGAGCCCCCCAGCAGCCGCUGCCCUGGGCACCCCGCGUCCUGCUGCCCCACGGAGCGCAGGGGGCUCUCCGCCGGCUCCUGCUGUCCCCGCGGCAGCUCGGAACGUUCCGGAGCGCAGAGCCCGGGCCAGGCUGCCCCGGGGUGCGGGCAGGGGCAGCACCAACCACUCGUGAUGCCAGCCCCUUCCCGAGCCCUGCCCCAGCGCCCCUCGCUGCCCCAGCCUUCCCGGGAUGAGGAAUCACCGAUGUUUUG